CGUCGUAGCACUACAAACUGCAUUCUUUGGAGUUGCAGAAAAUUGUGGGGAAAAUGAUGGGUUUGAUCAGAAGGAUAUAAACUUAGUAGUAAGACUCAGUUUUGUACUUGUUGAGCUUUUUCAGAGCAAAAAAAUGAUGGGUUUCUUCAUAUGGCUGAUUGUUGAUCUUCUUAUUAUUGAUGUUGGGCAAGUUCAUUCAGCUUCCAUAACUCAAUUAUCAGAAGCUAACUCCUAUGUUUCAGUGAUGGGGGACCCUGGAAUGAAGAACCCUAAUUCAAGAUUUGCAUUUGAAUCCUGGAAUUUCUGCAAUGAAGUUGGAAUUCACGCCCCAAACAUGGCCAGUCCAAGAAUUGCUGAUUGUACUGAUCUUUUCUGCCCCAAAUCAAAAGAUGAUAAGAGAAGCAAGUGUGAAGUACACCAAAGAGUGAACGAAUCGGACAACAGAUUAAGAGCCGGUGACAAAUUCCCGAUCAGCGAGUUUAAAUCGUACACAGAUCCUGAUAUUUACGCUGUGGAGAAGGAAAAAUAUCUUGGUUCUCUUUGCCAGGUGUCCGAUUCCGACGAGCCUUGGUAUUUUUGGAUGAUAAUGCUGAAAAAUGGGAAUUUCGACAAGAACACUACACUUUGUACUGAAAAUGGGAGGAAAGUUGCUAAAAUAGAGACGAGCAGAAGUUUCCCUUGUUUCGGUGAAGGGUGUAUGAACCAUCCAAUCGUGUACCGUAAUCAGUCCGAAAUGGUUUCGUUCGGUGGCGGUAAAAAUAAUGUGUCUCUUGUUGGAGGGUUUUACGGUACGUAUGAUCUUGAUGCUAAUUUGAGUGGUGGUGUAGGAAAUAACUCGUUUUUCACAGUUUCGUGGGAGAAGAAUUUAAGCACGAAUAGUUGGAUUUUGUCGCAGAAAUUGACGACUUCGUUAAAGUACCCGUGGCUUAUGUUGUAUUUAAGGUCGGAUGCAGUAACCGGGUUUAAUGGAGGAUAUCAUUACAACGGGCGUGGCAUUAUGAAAAAGUUGCCAGAGUCUCCAAACUUCAAGGUCAGAUUGAGUCUACAUAUUAAACAAGGUGGAGGUCCAAACAGCCAAUUCUACCUCAUCGACAUCGGAAGCUGUUGGAAGAACAACGGACAGCCCUGUGACGGAGACACUGUGACAGACGUAACUCGUUACAGCGAGAUGAUUAUAAAUCCAUCAACCACAAAUUGGUGCAGCCCAAAUAAACUCGAGUCUUGCCCACCUCACCACAUAACUAUCAAUGGAGAGAAAAUACAUAGAAACGAUACCUCUCGAUUUCCAUACUCCGCUUACCAUCUCUACUGCGCACCUGGAAACGCGGACUACUUGGAAAAACCGUACGAUAUUUGCGACCCGUAUAGCAACCCACAGGCACAGGAACUCGUGCAGAUUCUCCCCCAUCCUGAGUGGGCCCCGCAUGGCUACCCCAAAAGAAAAGGUGAUGGAUGGAUUGGCGAUCCAAGAACUUGGGAACUCGACACUGGAGCCUUGUCUAAUCGGUUAUAUUUCUAUCAGGAUCCGGGAACAAAGCCAGCAAAACGGGUAUGGACUUCGAUCAAUGUGGGUACCGAAAUAUACAUUAGCCCGUCUGGUGUUACUGCCGAGUGACCGUCAGCGACUUUGAUGUCUUAGUUCCUAAAGUUACAGAAGAUGAUAAUACCUAUGCAGAAAUAUAAUGUCCCAAAGUUCAUUUGUUGACAUGAAAAUAGCCGAUAAUUAAAUUACAAUAGCGUAAUCGAACAAUUAUAAUUUGAAUAUAAAUCUUCUC